UUGGGUAUUGGGUAUGACAGCUGGAAAUGGAUUCGUGUGGUUCUUGUCGGUUACUAUUUUUUAGAUUUUCAUUCUUUUAGAUAAGCAGAUAGAUCAAUGGUUACUUAAUGAAAAAGUGAAGGAAGGGUACCGAUCAUGAAAGAAAAAUGGAAUUUCAUACUGUACCUCGUAUGGUUCUCAUAUUUAAUUUUGUCUGCCAUUAUUAUGUUCGGUCAUGGAUUCCUGUUAUCUAGGAAGGCGUUGAGUGAUAUUUCGGAAUGUUUGCCGCUAAAGGAGUUCGGGUGUGAUGGACGGGAGUUGGCUACAUCGACAGCUAAAGGAUCGUGUAAGGACGAGGAAAAAAUUCUUCGUAUUUUGGCUAACCGUGGUGCUCCGGUUACAUGCGCAACCACGAGGCACCGUGUGGUGUUUAUAUUAGUGGAUGCGCUGCGUUAUGACUUUACGGAAUACGAUGAUAGUCUGGUCAAGCCGCUGCACUAUCAGAACAAGCUGCCAGUAUUGCGGGAAACGUUGGAAAAAUGGCCGGAACGCACCCGUUUAUUCCGAUUCAUGGCAGACCCGCCCACGACCACCCUACAACGCGUCAAAGCGUUGGUAACCGGCUCUUUGCCUACAUUCAUUGAUGCUAGCUCUAAUUUUGCUGCUAUGGAAUUACAGGAAGAUAAUAUUAUUGAUCAGGUAGCAAAAGGAGGAGGCAAGGCAGUACUUCUGGGAGAUGAUACUUGGUCAAGACUGAUACCAGGCAAAUGGCUACGAUCUCAUGCUCAGUACUCUUUCCACACCUGGGACUUGGAUACUGUUGAUACUGAAGUGGACUCAAAAAUCUACAAUGAGCUAAAAAGUCAUGAUUGGGACCUUCUAGUGGCUCACUACUUGGGAGUAGAUCAUGCAGGCCACAGAUAUGGCCCGAAUCAUCCUGAAAUGGCUCGAAAACUCAAUGAGACUAAUAGUAGACUGAGAAAAAUCAUUGAAUUCCUUCCACCUGAUGUCCUGUUGUAUGUUGUUGGGGAUCAUGGAAUGACUGAGUCUGGAGACCAUGGUGGUGAAAGUAAGGCGGAACGUACAGCUGCAUUUUUCGCGUACCGAAGUUCAGGCCUUGGUGGAGAAAAGUCCGAAAUUGAGACGGGCAGGGAAGUGCAACAAACUGAUUUAGCUCCCACAUUAAGCGCCGCAUUGGGUCGUCCACCACCUUCGCCGUCACUAGGCAGUAUAUUAUUGGCAGUUCUCCCUGAGAUGACUAUGACAGAGACUUUGUUACAUUUCAGCAAUAAUAUGAAACAGAUAACACAUUAUUUAAUAAGAUACGGCGAGGAAUCUCAACAGAUUUCCCUCGACAAGCUGGCUAAUUUAAUUAAUAUCACUAGAGACCAUGUGGAGAGAGCGGCUAGCAUUAGCACCAAUGACGAGCUUAAUAAUUAUAUUAUUGAUGUUAGGGUGUUGGUGGAUAACGUCCGUGGCGUUUUCCGGGAAGUAUGGGUAGAGUUUGACUCACUGUCAAUGCUUAGAGCUCUCUUGUUAAUGCUUCUGGCCAUAUUUUUUAACUGGCUACUCACCGAAGGUCUCCCAAUGGAACGUCUUCCAGCAGUCUUUGCCAGUUCAUUUGUACCUUCAGGGUUUAUAUCUAUGAUUGUAUGUAUAGGUCUAUGUUAUACUGGUUAUUACUUCAAAAUGUUCGAGGAUUUAGAACAUGCGAUUAUUUUGAGCACAGGAAUGGUAUCUGGUUUCAUUGUUUGCGCUCUAAUAAUCAUGCAUUGGGAUGGCAUUACCCAAAGAUGGUAUGAAGGAAGGUCACAGUUCUACGAACGAUUUUCAAGAUCUGCCUUAGUAGGUUCAGCUGCAGUGUUGGUAUCAAAUAGUUACAUUAUCGAAGAAGGAGCUACUUUGUCAUACUUAACACUCUCUGUUUUAGCUUUAAUGGCCUGGAAUACAGGCACGAUAAAAGCUUUAGCGUUAUGGGUGUGCUGUGGCGUAGUGAUGACUGUGUCUAGAAUUUAUAGAGGCUGUAGGGAGGAACAGGGGGAUUGUUGGACAACGGGGGGAGCGGUACCAAGUGGACAGGCGUCUAGAAUAGCCUUAGUAAUGGCGUUAGGUUCUAUGGCGGGUGUAGUAGUGUUAGUAAGAAGGCAUACAGGGUGGCGAGGACAUGGGGUAGUGGUAGCUGGAUGUUUCGCGUGUGCUCAUUGGGCUGUAGGGUGGGGAUCUCUAGGAUCUCCGAGUCGAUCGAGACUUCUAGCUCGAGGCGCGUGGUUGGUCAUUGCGACUAUGUUGGGUUUGUUAUGGAAGAAGGAAGGGCAAGGUGCAACGUUGCCCUUGACCGUGUGCGCAUUAUUGCUCUACGUGGCGAAUACGUUGGUGCUGGGGGCUGCGUACGCCCCUUCCGCAUCGCUUGCUUUGUUAGCUGGAUUCUUGGCGUUGAACAUCGUAUCGCUUUUGAAGACUGAAGGUUCUACUAAGUUAUCAAUUACAACCCGUUGCAGUUCAAGCGUAGCAUGCAUGUGGGCUCUACUAGCAUCGUACCAGUUCUAUGGAAUGGGGCACCAUGCUACAUUGGGCCAUGUGCGUUGGGGUCCAGCCUUCCACGCGGGGGACCCUAACUAUCUCCCGGAGUACCCAGUGGCGAUUGGGCAUAUUGUUAUUGGAAGUUUGGUCUUUAUUGAUCUGUUUGGCAUGCAGCUAAUGUUCGGUGCGGCAGUGCCUCUUUUAGCGCUGUGGGGCCGUAAUGGCGCGGCGGCAGCCGGUCCGCGCACGCAACUGGCUGCUGUGUUCAGUCUUUGUCUUAAAUUUGUGCUCUGUUUCGCUAUCAGGGUAUUCGCUAUAGCUAUAUCAGCGACAGUUCACUGCAGACAUCUGAUGAUCUGGGGUGUAUUCACUCCAAAGCUUUUAUUUGAAAGCGGCGCCUGCGCAGCCGCCCUUCUAGGCACGCUCAUUGGCGCUACGUUGACCGUGCGCCAUCUACCGACACCGCAGAGAACUAGUUGACGUAAGAGGUCCACCUAGUAUAAACUCUUUAGGCAAAUCGAAAAGGUAUUAAAAUCGUUGAAGUUUCUUAUGAGGUAUGUAAUGUAGCAAUUGUUUUCAUACAAAAGGUUGUGCAUGAAUUUGUCCAACCGGUACGUAAUAAGCUAAUAAGUUUAAGACCUUUUGUUAAUGAUACAAGUAACGGGACGAACAAGUCGUGCGCCUGGUGGUAAGCGACACGCUUGUCCAUAACACUUGCAGUGGCACUUUGAGCUUUAAAGCAAAGAUCUGAAGAGCGUUGCCUACUGCCCUCACCCUGAAACAAGUUGACAAGUCCCAUGUGCUUGUAAUUUCACUAGCACCUUCAAAAUCAGAACGCAGUAAUGCUCACAGUACUUGGCGGCAGAAAUAGGUAAGGUGGCAGUACUUCCCCUGACGAACUCUUUAUUAAGGAGCUCUACUGCUACAUUACUUAUUUUUGGUUUUGAAAUUUUUCAUCACACGACAUGAGUACUGAUGUAGAAAAACUCAUUUGGACACAUUCAUGUAAUAUUUGUAUGAAAACUGGGCUGUCGCAUACCAUUUUGAUAGUGUUUUUCGUUAAUAUUCACGACACUAACAAGUGAGGCAUAUGCUUCAAGAACGAAUGCUCAGUGAUGAUUGCGCCUUGAAAAAUAACGCAAACAAAUAUCCACUGCCUUUCUAUAUAAAACCGAAAACGCGAAAAUAUUACUUCGCUCUCGUUAAAGACGCGUCCCAGUUACUCAAAUUUUAUUUAAGGUUGUAAACCUGUACUCUAGAAUUUCUUUUAGAUUUACUACAUUGUUGUAAACAUGAUCGAGCUAAGUUUGAACGGCAGUAUCGUAUUAAAGAUCAAAGGUAUUAUAUUUAAAACUAUUAUAAGAUUUAAGUGUACGUAUGCGUGUUUUAAUUUAGUAACAUUGGAAUUCGAACUUAGCUCUGCCGUGUUAAAAGACUACAACAAGAUUGUAUACUUAAGGACCAUGGACUAAUAACUCGAGAGGACUGCUAAUUUUCAUAAUAUAGAUCGUAAGUCUGAAAAAGGUCAAGUUCCCGUCCUAUUAUCUAAAUGGCGCUGAUCAAUAGCCUGCA